CGGCGGAUGUUUACGGCGGCAGAGGUCGGGGAGGCGCAGCCGGGCCGCGGACGGGCGAGGGGCGCCCGAGGAGCUCCAGGUCGCGGCUUAGGCAGCCCGAUCUCGCGGGCCGGCCGAGCCCGGAGUGCCCGUUGCUUGCACCCUUGGAUGUACUUGACUCUACAGACAUGCAGUUUGUCCCUAGCUUACUAAGUAGGAAACGUUUGCAGUUCUGAGGUGGCUCAGAAGGGUUCACACUGUUGCUUUUUCUUCUUGAAAGCAGUUGGGAAGAAGUGUUGCCUAAGAGAGAUCUUGAAGAUGGGAGGUGCUGUGAGUGCUGGUGAAGACAAUGAUGAGCUAAUAGACAAUUUGAAAGAAGCACAGUACAUCCGGACUGAGCUGGUCGAGCAGGCUUUCCGAGCUAUUGAUCGUGCAGAUUAUUAUCUUGAAGAAUUUAAAGAAAAUGCUUAUAAAGACCUGGCUUGGAAGCAUGGCAACAUCCACCUCUCGGCUCCGUGCAUCUACUCGGAAGUGAUGGAGGCCCUGGACUUGCAGCCGGGGCUCUCCUUCUUGAACCUGGGCAGCGGCACUGGCUACCUCAGCUCCAUGGUGGGGCUCAUUCUAGGUCCUUUUGGUGUGAACCAUGGAGUUGAACUCCAUUCGGAUGUAAUAGAAUAUGCAAAGCAGAAGCUGGACUUCUUCAUUAGAACCAGUGACAGCUUUGACAAAUUUGACUUCUGUGAACCUUCCUUUGUUACUGGCAAUUGCCUGGAGAUUUCUCCAGAUUGUUCUCAGUACGAUCGUGUGUACUGUGGGGCUGGUGUGCAGAAAGAGCAUGAAGAGUACAUGAAGAGUCUUCUCAAAGUAGGGGGCAUCCUUGUCAUGCCACUGGAAGAGAAGGUCAGACCCCUCUCCUAACUGACAUGCUUAACUGUUGG